ACUUUCUCGGCUGAGUAGUCGGAGACGCCGAGCGGGUGAACCUGCGCAACUCAAGUGCCUCCUCCACCUUGGUCUUGUUUCCAGCUGCCGACGUUUUAUCAGCAUUUAUGAGAAGAUGAAGAAGCAGAAAUAGGUGGCAAUUGCGAGCGUUGUUUCGGACGCUGCUGCUGCAAUUCUUAUUCUCAUGAUACAUGAGAGAAAAAGUACGUUUUGGUUUAGUUUUUUUUUUUUUUUUUUUUUAAACCAUACGUGAGGACUGAAAGGGUUGAAACCUGCAAAUGAGUGGAUUUUGUUCCCUUCCAAAGUGAUGAUUAUUCUUGCAGUUGUAGCGGGCAUUUAACAGCGCCGCACUUUUUGUGGACAAGCGGUCGAAAGGUUUGCGCUUGGCGACAUUUACGCACGCCGUCCAUCCCCAGAAAUCUCAUUUUUCUUUUCUUUGAACUUGGCCCCCUUUUUUUUAAUUUUUAUUUUUAUGAUUAAUACUCGCAUGUUUUUCCCUCGUGGGCUCCAGCGCGGCUUUUUGCGACCCCCGACGGCUGGUGACCUUCGCUGGCGCCCGGACGCAUGCGGGCGCUCCCGCGGCUCGUGUUGCUGUGGGCCGUCGUCGAGUGGCUCCCGGAUGCGAGCGCCAUGGGCUGCCUCCAGAGCAUCGCGUGCAAGCCCAAGAGCUUCCGGGACGGCGUCGCGGUGCUGCAGGUGAGCGCGUCCAUCGACUCCAAGCCCACCGGCAUCGACGAGUCGUCCGCCGUCAUCCUGCGCUACCGCACGCCGCACUUCCGAGCCCAGGCCCUGGUGCGGGUGCCGCCGGUGGCCGCCAACGAGACGUGGACCGUCGGAUGGAUCCAGGCGUGUAACCACAUGGAGUUCUACAACACGUACGGCAGCAAGGGGAUGUCCAGUUGGGAGAUCCCUGAUCUCCACAACAGCAGCAUCCAGGCCAUCAGCGACUCCGAUGGCGUCAACUACCCUUGGUACGGAAACACCACAGAGACGUAUACCAUCGUGGGCCCCACCCGGAGUGACAGCAAGUUCACCGUGAGCAUGAACGACAACUUCAAACCCAGCAUCACCUGGGGCGUGCCCGUCAGCGAUAGCAACGUGCCCGAGCUCACCGGCAUCCGCCGCGACCAGAGCUUCACCACCUGGCUGGUGGCCAUCAACCGGGCCACGGCCGAGAUCGUGGUCCUGCAGACCGUCCGUUGGAGGAUGCGCCUCAGCAUCCGCGUGGACCCGGAGAAGCCCCUGGGUCAGCGGGCCGUCCUCCUGGAGCCCGUGGCCCAGGAGGAGCCGCAGAUCCUGGGCGAGAACGAGAGCAUCCCGCCCAACGCCAUGGUCAAGCCCAACGCCAACGACGCCCAGAUGCUCAUGUGGCGUCCUCAGGCGGGAGACCCCGUGGUGGUCAUCCCACCCAGAUAUUGACCGCACAGACCUUUUAUACGGGAACAGUAUCAUCUUUGGCCCCUUUUCACACCGCCUAAAAGCCUGUGUUUUGAUGCCUUUUUUAUGUAUCCCUGUUGCGCACCCUCCGAGCUGUCUGUCACAGAAGCAGGAUGACGCUUUUGUGUAAAGCCCCCUUUACACUGCCUGUAAAAGUCUGCAUUCUUGCGCCUUUCCCCCCCCCCCCGUGUUGCUGUUCGCUACAAAUGGUACAGACAGAAUGGGUGAGACAAAGUCGACAUUGCAAUUUUCUGCCUUCUGAGCUAGUAUCAGAGCCAUGAGAGGUAGGACAUAAGUGUGUAUAAAGCCCCUUUCACAAUGUUCAUAAAAAGUGGCAUUUGGCAUUUUCCACUUUCCCCCCCCACCUUGUUGCUGUUCUGAAUAAACAGCACUGACGGGGAUCGGGUGGACAAAGUUGACCUGGCAAUUUUCCACCUUCUGGGGCAGUGUCGAGAGUCGUAACCGAGGCUGGACGGCACCUCUGAAAAGAGCCAAUGUCAGAGCCGUGACAGAGGUCUGACAUACUCGUUCGAGCCCCUAUUGCACCCUCCGUAAAAGAGGACAUUUUCCAUGUCACUGUUCUGUAUAAACAGCACUGACACAGAAUGGGAGGGACGCAGAAACUUUACGCUUUUGUAGGUAGUAUUUUCCGGAACAAACCACAACCUUUCUACCUUCAAGCAGGCUCACUGUGCAGAUUUCAAUUAGGCUAUUCAGUGUGGAUUUUGAGUAUUUACCAUGAUUAUGCAUUGAUUUUGUAAGCGUGUGUUUUUAUUUAUAGGCUGGGAGAAGGUGCAUUUUUGUAUUUGUUGUUAUACAAUCCAUGCUGCCUUACGUGUACGUCGCUCUCCGCUCCGUCCAAAUCCCCUUCAGCCUUAAAACAAAGUGCAAUGCAGCAUUUUGCCCCAUUAGCCUAUGCCCUUCCUGAGUUGACGUCCUCGAAUCGGAAAGGUUAUUCCUUCCAAAAAUGAUAAUUGCAAUGUAUUCAGUGACAAAGAGCAGCUAUUAAUGUAGCAAUAAGACACACUUUUUUUUUUUUUACAUUGACAAAAUGUUCACAAUAGGAAUUGAUGCAAAAAGAAUUACAAGCAAAUGUUUUUCUUACCAAACCAUUUUGAAAUAAAUCACUGACUAUCUUUGCACACUGUGCAAAUUGUGAAUAUUAUGUUGCUGGGAAUGCAAAUGCAUUAUCGCAAAAAUGUAUGACUUUAUUCAUAUAUCACCACUUUUUAUCUAAAAUAUACCACUUUCUUGAAAAUAUAUAAUUUCCCUCAAAAUGAUGACUCUCUUGUAAUGACUUAUGUUUUGUUUUUUCCUCUUUCUUGUAACAUUCCAACUUUAAUCGAAACUAUAGGAAUGUUUUUAAAAUAUGACGAUUCCUUCAUCUUGAAAAUAUACAGUACAACCUUUACAAGUGCAAGUUUUUAUGAGAAUAUACAACUUUUUGAAAAUA